GCUCGGCCAUCGACUGUUUCUCCUUGAAUGUGAGCUCCGACGUGAACGCAUGUGUUUACCCAAACAUUUACUGGAUAAAGUGUUUGGUUCAAUAUCUGACAGAAACAGCUAUGGCAGACGACUCUAUGAGACUGUCCAAAAACCUCCUGCGUAUGAAGUUCAUGCAGAGGGGUCUGGAUGCUGAGACCAAGAAGCAGCUGGAAGAAGAUGAGAAGAGGAUCAUAAGUGAUGAACACUGGUAUCUGGACCUGCCAGAGCUGAAAGCAAAAGAGAAUCUGAUCAUAGAGGAGAAGAGUUUUGUUCCUUGUGAAGACCUGAAGUACGGUCGAAUAUCUUUCAAGGGUUUUAAUCCAGACGUUGAGAAACUGAUGAUUCUCAUGAAUCCCAAAGAUGAUGAUGACAAAGAGGAAGAGGACAUCAGCCGAAUGCAAACCGACGUCACAGAUGAAGAAAUGGCACUGAGGUAUGAGAGUUUAGUUGGAAGCAUGAAGAAGAAGUUUGCAAAGAAGAGGGAGAGAGCGGCCAUUGAGGAAGAAGACAUCAACCAAAACACUGAGACAAACACAAAGAGAGUUUUUUUGAAACCUCAAGACUGAAGUCGACGUCUAAUAGACCCUGUGUGUUUAUGUAAAUGAUUCAGAAUAUUUUUACUGCUCUGUUUGUAUACAGGGCAUCAGUGAAAGAGCUGAAUGUACAGUAUUUUAAGGCUGAGUGGAUGUUAUACAUUCUUUUUUUUAUAAAAGAAGUGAGUUAUGAGAACCCAAUGUAUCUUUUUAUAGUGUGUGCAGCAUUGAGAUUUUCAUUAAAUGCGUGGGCCACAGUA